AUGCCGUCUCGGCUGCGCAAUGCCGCAACGGCGGAGGCUGCGCAAAAGGAACACCGCUACGACAUCCCCGGCCUACAGUUCAACGAGCCGCUCUCAUGGCGCGCCGGCAAAGCGAUUCCUGUUGGCGACCUGUUGACGCGACUCCAAAAGCUCGCCACCGAGUUGCGCAACUACGACUUGGACCAAGUCGACUCGCGCGCUUUUACCACGCUGUCGCAAGAUCUGGCCAACGCGAAUCUUCUGGCACACAAGGACAAGGGUGUGAGAGCAUGGACGCUAUCGUGCAUCGUGGAUGUACUCAAGAUCUGCGCCCCUGAUGCGCCGUUCAUCGAGGGGCAGUUGAAGGACAUCUUCACCGUCAUCAUCAACUCAAUUCUACCUGCUCUUGUCGACCCUACGAAUGCCUACAAUGCGCAACACGUGUACAUCCUCAGCUCCCUAGCCGAGUCACAGAGCAUUCUCCUGGUCACCGAUAUCCCGAACCACGAGAACCUGAUCGUCUCCCUCUUUACCACAGCCUUCGACAUCGUGUCCGCCUCAGGAGCCAAUCCUUCAGGGGUCGAGAUUUCCAAGAGCGUGGAAUAUCAUCUUAAGAAUCUACUUGCCGCAGUCGUCGACGAAGUCAGUCUCCCACAAGAAGUGACGGACAUCAUCAUCUCGCAGUUUAUGCGCGUAGAUGCUCGAAAUCUUCAAGACCAUGGCACCAAAGGGAAGAAGCGCGAUGGUCAAGACAGCAAACAGGGAACGCUCCUUCUCAAGGGUUAUCCACCAGCGUACAAUAUGGCAAAGUCCCUCUGCACGACUUGCCCGGAGAAGAUGACAGCUCACAUCACACAAUACUUUGGCACGGUCAUUGUUGAUGCAACUGCCGCCACAUCUCUUAAUGGCGCCUCUAAAGGCCAUACGCGUCGCGGCUCAGAAUUACUCGAUGAUGAUGAGGACAGAGAAAGUGUGGCAGAUCUGCGCAAAGCUCACAGGUUACUUCGAGAGUUGUGGAGGGCUUGUCCAGAUGUCCUGCUCAAUGUCAUCCCUCAGAUCGAGGCUGAAUUCAACGCUGAUUCCGUCUCACUUCGUCAGCUGGCCACCGAGACCAUCGGGGACAUGACCGCUGGGAUUGGCAUUGCUGGGAUUUCGCCUUCUGUGCCCCUGGACCCUGCUGCAUACCCGUUGCCGUCCAUCACCCAGCAAGACGAAUCUGCGUCACAGACGACGAAUCCAAUCCUAGUCCCUGCGUCUCCUAAACCUUUCGUGGCUGUGCAUGCCACUGCUUAUCAGUCUUUCCUCGGAAGGCGGAACGAUAGGUCACAUCUGGUCCGUGAAGCUUGGGCGAAGGCCGCUGCUCGAAUUAUACGGACCUCGGCUGGAGGUAUCGGUAUGAGCUCUGAAGAGCUUGGCAGUCUCCUCGCCGGCUUUGCGCAGAUGCUACGCGACGUUGAGGAACAUGUACGCCUGGCAGCCGUCGUGGCCAUGGACAUGUUUACAUACGACACCCUGAUCAACGUCUUAGGCGCUGACACCGGUCUUGCAGCACGCGAUACUGUAUUUUCGUCAUUGGCCGAUCGAGUCACAGAUAAGAAACAUCAUGUUAGAGAAGCGGCAAUGGAGCUCCUUGCUCGAAUCUGGGGUGUUGCCUCGCGCGAUAUCGAACAAGGAAAUGACGUGGUGAGAGGCUUGAUAGGCGAGGUUCCCAAUCGCCUUUUCGGUGCCUACUUUACGAAUGAGCCACAUGUCAUUGCCGUGCUCGACAGGGUUCUUUACGAAAGCUUGCUACCACUUUCGUUCCCUCCCUCAAAGGUUCACACGUCUCGUGCCGACAGCCAGAAGCAGCGAGCCAAGGACAAAGAUGGCAGCUCGCAGGAAGAGCAAGUAUUCGAUCCGGAUGCGAUUAGGGCGCGUCGUAUUCUCACCCUGGUGCACAGUCUGGACGCGAAACGGCGUCAGGUAUUCUUCGGCAUGCAGCACCGCCAAGUGCAGCUGAGCAAGGGAAUGAAGGUCUUUGUGGACACAUGCGAAGAAUACAAUGGAGGUGUUGUGGAAGACGACUCUUCCGAGGCAAAACUUAAAACCCGCCUCACCCGCAUGAUCGAAACAAUCUCCAAAACCUUUCCAAAUCCAAGUGCACUGUCCGAUGACCUGUGGAAAUUCGCCAAACAGCACGAUCGCCGCUGCUAUCAGCUGAUACGGUUUGCCACUGGUCCGGAGAAUGAGUACCGCACAGUCACCAAGGCUAUCAAGGAGCUCAACAAGCGGAUUCGCGAAGGACCGGCGAAUGUGCACUCUCUUGUUGAUACCAUUCAGCCGAUCCUGUAUCGAUGUGCGUUACUUGCGUACAAUCGCAGUCACAUCCCGACGAUCAUGGAAAUAUCUCGUACCGGUGAGAACGGCCUAGGAGAAGUUGCCCACGAAGUCUUGAGUCAAAUUUCGGCGCGAAAUCCAGAAGUAUUAAGGUACCACAUUCAAGCUCUGUGUAAAGAGCUCGAGGAAGAUGUGCCAACAGCAAAGAAGCUGGAGAAAGAUGGAGCUGCUGCCACUCUCAAAGCAUGUGCAGGGUAUGCUCGCAAGUAUCCUUCGGAUCUGCCCAAGGAGCGCAAGUUCAUGACGGUUUUGACACAAUUCGCUUUGUUUUCCAGAUCGCCCCAAGCAGCUAAGCAUGCAGUGUCGAUUAUCAUGAUGGUCGCAGACAAGAAGGAAAUGUACGCAAGAGAUCUACUGUCGAAGGCGUUGCAAGACCAGCAGGCACAAACUCCGUAUUUCCUUGCACGCCUCGCUACGAUAGCACAACUUUGCCUGCUUGCGCCCGCCGCUGCGAACGCCGAGGCCGACGCAAUUCGCACCAUGGCUGUCUCAGAGAUACUGCUGAAAAAUCGGCACCCAAGUCGGACCGACGACUCGAAUGCGUGGGACGAUAAGGACGACGAGGAGACAAUGUCGAAGGGACUGGCACUUAAGAUCCUGGUCAAUCGUGCCCGGGCGCCGAAUGAAGAUCCCGAAAGCGAUGACUCAGCAUCGUCGAUACAGGCGGCUUUUGGAUACCUCACAGCGCUGAUCAGGAACGGGGGCGAAAUUACACACUCGGCUGACACACCUCCGGCGCAGAAGAACCGGUUACGGCUCACAGCCGUCCACUUCAUCUUGAAGCUUUGUAAUCACGACAGAAAGUACGAGGACCACAUCGAUGCAAAGGAGUUCAACCAGAUCGCGCUGGUCAUGAUACAUCCUCCCAACCCAGUACGCACUGGCUUCGUCAACUCGCUGAAAAAGUACCUCGGGAGGAACCUAGCUCCCAGAUGGUUCACAGCAUUCUUCCUACUUGCCUUCGAGCCGGACGUGGAACUUCGUUCGUCGACAAUCACAUGGCUUCGAGCGCGCGCACAGUGGUUCAAGCGGCAGCAAUUAUCAGCGAAUAGCGAGGAAAAGAAGAAGCAGCAGCCCAUCCUGGAACCAAUUUUCGCACGCCUGAUCAGUAUACUAGCACAUCACCCAGAUUAUCCGACACAGGAGAGCGACGACCCCGAUGGGGAGUUGCUGGACUUUGCCAAAUAUAUUGUGUUCUAUCUUUGGAGCAUCUCAAACGACGACAACUUGUCACUAAUCUUCCACUUCGCGCAGCGUGUAAAAGAUGUCAAAGACGGUAUUACUGGGACCGAAGAGACGAGUGAAAGACUUUAUGUUCUCAGCGACUUGGCUCAGGCUGUCGUUCGGAACUAUGCCGACAUUGGGCCAGGUCAUUCCAAAGGAGCCAGCAACCUUCAGACAUAUCCUGGUAAGGUGACGCUUCCAAAGGCUCUUUUCAAACCAUUAGCUUCCCACGAGGCUGCACAAGAAAUUGCGGAAAAGAACUACUUACCCGAGGAUGUGGCUGUCGACCUUGAGAAAAUGAUAAGAUCAUAUAUCAAGGAGUUGAAAACUGGCAUACAACCACCCAAGCGCGCUCCGGGAGCGGGCAAGAAGAGGAAAAGCAACGCUUCUGGAUUGGAAGGCGACAAAGAUGAAGAAGAAGAGAAGCCGGCCAAGAAAGCAAAGAAGGGCACCCUUGCGAUUCGGAAGACACCGAAACUUAAGCGGAAGAGCAGUGCACCUCCUAGCAGCGCGACACUUCCUUCCCGAAAGAGUGGUCGUAGUUCUAGGGUCACGACCUAUGCAGAGUCCGACACUUCAGAUGAAGAUGCGGAGAUGGAAGACGCAGAUGAGACCGCAAGCAGUCCUGUAGCGCAGCGACAGAGAAAGGUGAAGCGGCAAGAAUCGGAAGUGGUGCAUGAGGAACCCAGCGACGAAGAAAAUAAGUCUCUCGACCUGGAAGCCGGAGAACAGGAGGUUGAGGAUGAAGUCGACGUGCACGAAGAUGACGAUGCCGCUGUCAAUGGAAGUGAUGCAGGAGCGGGAGAAAAGGAAGAAAGGUCGCCGCCGUUGAAGGAGAAGCAGAACGCUGCUACGAGAAGAGGGCGAGGGAAAGGUGGAAGCAGCAAGAAGACGACCCCAGCAAAGAAAAGUACGCCACCCCAGAAGCAAUCUGACCAACCAGCAAGGACGACCAGACAGAUGCGUAGGGCGAAGCGGUAG